AUGUUUUUCAACAAAGCCUUGCCCCUUCCCGCGUAUAUGCGAAUCUUCACUUACAUCGUCGCGCUUGCCGUCACUGGAGCGUUAGUGCAGGCUGCUCCCACCUCAUACGGUGACUCAACGCACAGUAUCUCUCAAGAACUAGACAGCUUGUUUAACUACGCAGUCAGUCGUAAUAAAUAUGUUUAUCCUCUACGGCAACAACUUCAAGCAGAUCUAGCGAAAAUUCAAUCCACAUCCGACCAUUCAUCUUCAGAAUACAAGGCUGAAAUGGCAGACUUCAGGAACAAACUUGGUAUUAUAUAUACCGAUUUCCCUCUCUGGCCCGGUUGGAAUGAUCUUUUCGACGAAAUUUAUCAAGGCGACUGGGAUACUACCACCGCACACUCAAACGAUGGAAAUACAGACAACUACGAAAGUAACUCAACAUCCAAUCAAUUUGAGCAAUAUGUGGAAGACUUGGAGACCUAUGUCAAGCAAUAUGACAUCGGAUCUCUCGGUGACGUUUUGAUCGUCAAGCAGGCUAUUAUCUGGCUAGACCAAAACGAACACAACAUUGCUACUGUCCACGACUUUAACGACCAGGUCUCAGGGCUGGAUGAAGCGUGGGGAAGACUGCACAGAAACAAUGCCGCCUGGCCUAAGUGGGAGGUGGCCGAAUCCACCUUCAAGAACAUGUAUUCGGAUGCGCUGAAGGACGUGCCCAAAUCGGACUUGACCCACCUCUACGCCGAGGAAAAUUCGCAUACCAAUAGUGUUCAGUAUGAAGAUCUGGAUUCCUUUUUCUACAACCCAAAUCAGCAUAAUGACGAAGUGAAUGUUUCGGAUGACAUUGACCAGGAAUUGAACGCUAUCUUUGCAGCAUUUACCAAGGUGAAGACACUUCCUCAUAUUGACGGAUUGCUUGAACUUGUAGAAAAUAUCAAUCAUAACGAUGCCAUAUGA